AUGAUUGGGGGGAUCCUCCACAAUGAAGCGCAAGAGAGCAUCGUUUCUCCUUCCAUUAUAGAUAAAUCCAUUCGAGAAGAUGCGCCACUUCAAGCUAGUACAUAUCUUGCAAAAGGGAAUACAGGUACUGCCCGUCCAAGGCAAUGGGAACGAUAUUUACUCUACUUUUUGACUCUGGGUGUGGCAAGUGCGCUUGCAUUCACCGUCCUCUCCAAAAUUCCGGCAGAUGCACGUAGCCGAAUGCCUCUGGACAAGGAAGGCGAAGGCGGAGGUCAUCGUGGGGAUGAUCGUAUGCCUUCUUCUGCGACGCCAUCGAGUGCUGCAACAGAACCAGAGCAGCAACACCAAGCUGAGCCUGCAAAUGCGCCUCCAGCAGACAGUGAGAAGGAUGCGUCUCUUUUGUCUUCGGUAGCCACCGUACCCCCUUCGCGUCCUGAAGAUCAACUACCUUUUUACGACAUGUGGGGCUUGCCGAUGCUUGACCACUUUGAGAAGACACUCCCUCCAGUGGUGAAGCGAGGAGAUGAAAUUGCAGCCUUCCUUGCUAAUACCGGCAUUACCGAGGACGCAGAUGAUCAAGAACCGUACGAAAUACAGACGGUUGCUAGAACGCUGUCGAAUGGUUCCUCGGAUACCUUGAUUGGCAUGACCAUGGUCUUGAACAAUGUGAAGCCAUUGCAUUGGAUGGAGAAAAACGGCCCUCUGAGCCGCAUUGUUCGCAUAAAUAAGUUGCUGGGGAGAGGCACUUCAGCCAUAGUGGUGGAGGCGGAGGAUACGGAUACCCAUGAGUUGUUUGCGAUGCGCAUUUUCCGGCAAGCUGAAGAGUUUGCACAGGGGUAUGAAAGUGAUGAUUCUUUUGUUGCCGAGAUUAGGCGGGAGCUUAGAUUGCAGGAGGAGGGAGCACGGCAGCUAUGCGGCGUCAUUCCAGCAAGUAUGGUUGCCUCAAAGAAGGGCAUCUCAGUUCCCUUGUACACUGCCGACAUUGCUGGAGCUCCUGAAGGCGUGCACGUUGGAGGAUAUUUUAUCUUGGGACGCGUACAGCUAAUGGAGAGGCUUUACGGUGCUGUCGUCAGCCUUUUUACAGACGCGAGAGAAGUUGUAAUUGAAGCACGGGAGUACAUAGCUCGCCGUUUGCUGCAAACUGUUCUCAAAAUCCAGGAGGCAGGCCUCAGCCACAACGACCUGAAGUGGGACAACAUGCUGCUGCGCCCGGACGGUUCAUUCGUUAUCGCCGAUCUGGGUUCCAUCCUCCCGUUUGGAAAACCGUAUAGACACCUGACACUGUACACGCCGGAAUAUCGGGAGCCUCAGCUAGCUCAGCCUAGUUGCUCGGAGUACGGGGACGGGUACACUAUCCCGCAAGCGAGCAGCGACAUGUGGUCCCUUGGGGUCCUCUUGUACGAACUGUUUACAGAUCAGCGAUAUCCAUAUGGAGAAAUCGAAGCCGAAGGCACGGAUACUCCAGAAGUUAUGCUCGCGAAAUGGCUUCUUGAGGGCAACACAAGGUCGGACAUUAUGUUACCUCGCCUAGGGGCUGAGAAAGUACCACCUCGGUGGAUGCAACUUAUUGUGAGAUUGCUGGAGCCAAAAAGGACUCAUAGAAUAACCGCCUGGGGGAUACUUGAGGAGUUUCCUGAACUAGUACACAUUCCAGAAUAA